AUGAGCCCCGCCGACACGGAUAUGGAGGACUCCAACCACGCCGGCGACAUCAGCGAUGACACCUCGAAGAAGAAGAAAACACAACCUAGAGAUCGUCUCGGCGAUUCUGACGACAUCAUCAGCGACUACGGCAGUGAAGACUCCGAAACCGCAGGCGAUGGCGAAGCACCCGUCAAAUACGUCAAGGACUGCGCCCUCCUCCCAGACACCACUCCUCUAGACUGGCCGCACAUCUUAGAUUUAGACCAGGAAUUCGGGACAAACGAACCCGAGUUCCGCGUCAGUGAUCUCCGCCUCGCCGAUGGCGUGGUGACGGUACUCUGGAACUAUGACCCGGAAGCACUGAAGCAGUUCUUGGAUCCGAAGAUCAAGAUCUUUGAGUUCGUUCGACUGCUCCCCGUGGGCUCUACCUCGUUUAGCAGCGUCAUCCAUCGGAAGGGCAGUUAUGUUCGCGCGGGAUGGUUUGAGCGUAUCAAUCAGAGAAUACUAUCGGGAAAUUGUCACGUAUGGGAGACGCGAGCCGAAGCCUUGAUCAGCUUGUCCGGAGCCUAGAAGUCUACCUUUGGCGCCUAUUGCGCUGAGAGCUAUGGACGCUGGGGCGAGAUGCGCAACAUCAACGACGGCUACCCAGCUGAAGGACAAGUAGUAACCGGAAGGGCCCUGGAGAGAUGGCUCAUCAAGAUUGGUAGAGCGGUG